GCCUCAAGUCAUCCUCAUGGAAUUGGUCUUUUUCACAACCUCUCUCUCUUUCUCUCAUGGUUACAAUUGAAUCAAGUGGACCUAACAUUACUCACUCCAUUGCCCUCACACCACUAUAUAAUGGACCAUCACCAACAACUAUCCUAAAAGCAACCCGGCAACAAUCCCAAACUCAACAUUUUACUGCUCUAGCUUUCCUCUCCUCUUGAUUUCUCUGAUCUUCCAAUGGCAAGUUUUGGGUCAAAAAGAGUUGUUUCUGCAAUUUUUAUUCUGAUAAGCAUGAUGGUGCCAAGCUUGGCAACAGUUUACACUGUUGGAGACUCCACUGGCUGGACAAUGGGCAACGAUUAUAGCACCUGGACCAGUGGCAAGACCUUCACAGUCGGUGACAGCCUUGUAUUUAACUAUGGAGGAGGGCACACAGUGGAUGAAGUGAGUGCCAGUGACUACAACACAUGCACAGUCGGGAAUGCAAUUACUUCAGACAGCAGCGGAGCCACCACCGUAGCCCUGAAGACUGCAGGGACUCACUACUUCAUAUGUGGAGUGAUUGGGCAUUGUGGGAGUGGCAUGAAGAUUGCAGUAACUGCUCAAGCAGCAUCAUCAUCAGGGACAACAACUCCAUCAGGGACUGCAACUCCAACUUCAGGUUCAGGGACUCCUAGUGAUACUCCUGCUACUACGUCACCUUCUGGGACUAAUACCUCCAUCUACAAACCUUCCUCUAAUAACAUUCCUGAGUCAGCUUCAUCAACUCUUUCUCCAUUUGUGGCUGUGAUGGCUACUUGUGUAGCAUUGUUUUUUAUGAUGGUUUUCGAGUUGUAAAGCUUGGCACUGUAGCCAGGACAGAGGCAGUGCUACUAGCUCUUUUAGUUUAUUUCUUCUCUUGUAUUUUUCCUUAAUUUUCGGGAUUAUUAUGUUUUUUUAUUGUCAUAUUAUGAGUAGGUGAUAUCUAUGCUAUGGAUCUUGGGUACUCAAA